AUGGCGGGCGGCAGCCAGGAAACGGCGGCGUCAGCUGACGGCUCCGCCGGGAAACGGCCGGCGCAGGACGGGCAUCCCUCCUCCUCCGCCUCCCUCCCCACCCGCACCGCGGCAGCGGCGCUCCACCCUCCGAGCCCGGCCUCCUCCUGCCCUGCCCUCCCCUCCCGGGACGCCCCCCCGGCUGCCCCGCCUGAGGCCCUGCGGCUGGGCGCGCUGCUUCCCGUGUUUCAGCGCUGCUAUGCAGUGUCAGGAGCUCACGGGAGACUUCGGGAUACAACCUGGGAUGCUGAAUACGUCCAAGGAUUUCUCCCACGCAGAAGUUUCCAAGAUGGAAAGGUCUUGCUGACCUUUGUCUCCCCUGGGCAGCCCAUCAUCCUGACAGGAAGCACUGGGCCUGGGUGCUCUCCUUCCCAUGUUAAAGCACUGUCAUCCUCUUUCGGGAGAAAUCGUGACACAACCGCCAAUGCUGAGUACAUCUCCAAAGAUUGCUCUCGCACAAUAGGUGCUGGGACAGAAAGCUGGUUCUGGCCUUUACCUCCAAUGGUCACACAUCCUGGCAGGAGUAGCUUGGAUUACUACAGGAAUGACAGCAUGGUGCUGUCCCUGUGUGAGAUCCCAGUGAACAGCACAGACUUCAUGUGUGACAAGAGGCAGGUCAGGCAGUUUGCUCAAGCCUUCCUGCCAGUGUUUUUCUGGCUCAUCUUCACUGUGGGCACAGUGGGGAACACUUUGGUCGUGCUUGUCUAUUGCAAAUACCACUUCAGGAGGAGCAUGAUGGAUCUGUACCUGUUGCACCUGGCCAUCGCCGACCUCCUGCUCCUUUUCACCUUCCCCUUCUGGGCCAAGGCUGCUUCAGAUGGAUGGAUCUUUAAGGACUUCAUGUGCAAAGUUGUCAACAGCAUGUAUAAGAUCAAUUUCUAUGGCUGCAGCUUGCUUCUAACCUGCAUCAGCUUUGACAGGUACAUCACGGUAGUGCAAGCGAUGAAAGCAAAAACUUGUAGGCGCAGGUGGCUUCUGCGCAGCAGGCUCAUGUGCCUGGCUGUCUGGCUGACGUCUGUGAGCCUGUGCAUCCCAGAACUCAUUUACAGCCAGAGCACACAGGUGGGUGACCUAACAGUUUGCAAAAUCAUGUACCCACCAAACGUCAGUGUGAUCUUCAGAGUUAUGGUCCUGGCCUUGAAAGUCAUCAUAGGAUUCUUCCUCCCGCUCCUUGUCAUGGUGAUUUGUUAUGCCCUUAUCAUCAACACCCUCCUACAGGCCAAAAGAUUUCAAAAGCAGAAGUCGCUGAAGAUCAUCACCAUGAUCCUCACCGCUUUCCUCCUCUCUCAGUUCCCAUACAAUAUUGUUUUGCUGGUCAAAGCCAUCGACACCUACACGGGGGUGGUGCACAGUUGUCAGGUUGCCAACCAGCUGGACAUCGGGCUGCAGGUCACCCAGAUGAUCGCCUUCCUCCACAGCUGCCUCAACCCCUUCCUCUAUGUCUUUGCUGGUGAGCGGUUCAGGAUGGCGCUGGGCAGGAUGAUGCAAAGCUGGGGCUGCUGCUGGAGCAGGGCCCAAGAGCACUCCUCUGCCUGUGACAGCCAGGAGCACAGCUCAAACUGGUCCUUUGCCAUGCUGGGGGGACGGCGGGUCAGGAACUCCCUGAUCCUCAACACUCACUGGACCUCCUCUGUUAUGUCUCCUCCUUGCAAAGUCAUCCUGUAA